AUGAACGACGACCCCGGCAACGUCAAGGUUGUGGUGCGAUGCAGAGCCUUUGUACCGAGAGAAAAGGAGAAGGGCACAAGAUGUUUGAUCCGCAUGGACCCAGCGACACAGAAGACGACACUCUUUGCGCCCGAAGAGGGCGAGAACAACGGACGUCGUGUUCUUGACGACAAGGAAUUCACAUUCGACCGCUCAUACUGGUCCCACGACGAGAGCGACCCGCAUUAUGCUCAUCAAGAAGAUGUCUACCGCUCCUUCGGUGAGGAGUUCCUCGACCACAACUUUUCAGGAUACCACACCUGUAUAUUCGCAUACGGUCAGACGGGAUCCGGCAAGAGUUACACAAUGAUGGGCACACCAGACAACCCAGGCUUGAUUCCACGAACUUGCGAGGAGCUGUUCGAUCGAAUCGCGCAUGAACCGUCCCCCAACACCAAUUACCAUGUCCAGGUCUCUUACUUCGAGGUCUACAAUGAGCAUGUACGGGAUCUGCUCACCCCAAAGACAACUCCACCAAUCUAUCUCAAGAUCCGCGAGAGCCAAAAGGAUGGUGUUUACGUGCAGGGUCUGACCGAAGCUGAAGUCAAGAGCUAUGCCGAUGUUGCGCGCUUGAUGAAGAUUGGCGACAUGAGCCGGACAACUGCAUCUACCAAGAUGAACGAUACCUCAUCCCGAUCCCAUGCCGUUUUCACAAUCCGCCUCAAGCAAAUUACCCACUCACUCCUCUCCGACGAGACCAUCGAACGUACAGCACGCAUGCGUCUUGUCGAUCUCGCUGGUUCUGAGCGUGCCAAGUCGACAGAAGCCACAGGAGCUCGCUUGAAGGAGGGAGCGCAGAUAAACAAAUCCCUCACCACACUCGGCCGCGUCAUCGCUGCUCUGGCAGACCCGCGAAGACAUGGUGCAAAGGGACGACGGCCACGAGAGGUUGUGCCGUACCGUGAUUCGGUCUUGACUUGGCUGCUGAAAGACUCUCUGGGCGGUAACAGUAAGACGGCCAUGGUUGCUUGCAUUGCCCCAGCCGACUACGACGAGACUCUUUCCACGCUACGUUAUGCCGACCAGGCAAAGCGUAUCCGUACACGUGCCUUGGUCAACCAGGAUUGCAUGUCCGCUGCGCAACGAGACGCCCAGAUUGCCGAGAUGUCAGAACAGAUCCGCAGCCUACAGGUCUGUGUCAAUGCAGCCAGUCAGCGCAAGAGGGAGGAGGCUACGGAGCUGGACGAGUACCAGAGGCAGGUUGCACUCAUGCAACGCCUCAUGGAAGAGAACCGUCACACGUCCGCAGCGAAGAUCAAGGCGCUCACUUCCGAAGUGGAAGAGCUCCGCCCACUCAACGUAGCCUUGCGUGCAGAGAUUGACUCAUUGCGCCGCCAUCUCCAGCUCGCCUUAGGAGAGCUCAAGAACCCUAUCGUCCUACCUCCACCACGGGAGCUUGGUACGCCAGACUUCGACAAGGAAGAGUGGCUAGAUGGAGGAGAUGGGGAAGAGAAAGCGGUUCCAGAUGAUGAGGCCAGUGAUGGUGACUCGGACUCGGGCUACGAUGAAGGUGACCAUGAUGAGUUGGCGCAGGAGCUACACAAUGAGGCAGAGGCGUUCCUCCAAGAUCUGGCCAUGUUCCGCAAAAAGGUUGGCAGCGACAACGAUCGGUUCGGUCUUCGCCAAACCCUGGCUGAGCUCAUUGGCGAACAUUGA